AUGUCGGACACAGAGCUCUUUUUUAAAGAAGAUAUUAGCAUUGAUCGAGAGCUAAUUGCUGUGGUUCAAGCAAAUCGAUUUUUAUACGACAAGACUGAAAAGUUGUAUGCCAAUGGAGACGUAAAAACCGAAGCAUGGAAGCAGAUUGGCGCGAGCCUAACUAAUCCAAUAGAAGGUUGCUUUCCAAUAAGAGACACAAGUCGACACAAACAUUAUUCUAUUUUUGUUUCACAUUUAAACCUCAUCCAACUACAAGUUGUUGUAAAUAGUGAAGCGUCAGUAUGUCGUACAACUACCUCAUUACCAUUUACAUCUGCUCCUUCUGAUGGUCAUAUGACAGUGCACACGAUUUAUCCUUUCUCUUCUCAGUCUGCUGCAGCAAGUUCAGACAUGUCCAGUUGGAAUUCAGAUUCAUUAACAAAUCUUAUAGGUACUGACAAGAGUUUCACAGAUACAUCUGAAAACUCCUUUUUGCCACUUCCUACAUCAUCUCCUUCAACAUCACCUUCAGUUAGAUCAGACUUUGGAAGUAAUAAUACAGUUGUACAGGCGCAGAAAGCUAUAUCCAGCAUUAAUACUAAGCGCAAAGUGCCCACACCUGAUUCAUUUGUGAACAAAAAACGGCAAGAAGUAGAUACUAUCAAUAAGACUUUAAUCGAACAGAGUAAAGGAUUGACAGACCUUGCAGCAAAGAUUGGUAAAGCAAUAACGGUUCCACCACCAAAUGUUCCGCCAGCAAUAGUCAGUGAUGCAUUUUCUGAUAUUAAGCCCAUGCUGAGUGCCAUAGGAUUUGCACUAGGAGUAGUACCUAAGAAUGUUCAACUUGAAUGUCUCAUAGGUAUAUUACAAUAUAUAAAUGAUUUCAGUAAGAACAAAAGUGUGUCGAAUUAA